AUGGAUUCUUCCAGUAAUAAAAACGCCAGUAACAAUGCUACUGACGGUGAGCCAUGCUUAUCAGAUAAUGCUAGUGGUAAAGAAUUGUUAGAAGAUGAAUACGAUGAAGUGAAACCUAAUCCCAGUCAUGAUGAAAUAGGUCCUGUAAGAGAAGGAUUAUUCAUUUUCUUGAUAUGUUUAACCCAAUUGCUUACUCAGGCUUCAUUAUCAGAGACUGUUAUACCUGUUCAAACAUUGGCUAAGCAUUUUAAAGUAGAACAUAGUGUAGGUGAACAAUCUUGGUUCACUUCAAGUUUCAGUUUAACCGUGGGUACAUUCAUACUUGUAAGUGGUAGACUCGGGGAUUUAUAUGGCUACAAGAAGAUUUAUAUCAUAGCAUAUGUGGUGUUGGCCAUAGCUUGUUUGAUAACAGGUUUCACUGUUUAUACUACUUCUACGGUAUUCUUUGAUGUUUUCCGAAGCUUACAAGGGUUAGGUCUUUCAUUAGCUUUUCCUAACUCUGUAGCUUUAAUUGGUCAUUAUUAUCCUAAAGGUACAAAGAGGAUCAUUUUCAUGUGUUGUUUUGGUGCUGUUGCUCCUGGUGGGUUUGUCAUUGGAUCAUUCUUUUCCAAUUUAUUUGUUGAAAAAGCUUGGUGGCCAUGGGCUUUUUGGACUUUCUGCUUGGUUUCAAUAGGUAUUGCCAUAUCUGCAUAUUUCGUCAUUCCUCAUAAUAUUGGAAGUCAUAAUUCUCCAAAUAAAGGUUCCUUUGAUUAUUUAGGUGGUGUCAUUGGAAUGGUAGGUUUGAUAUUGAUCAAUUUCGCAUUUAACGAAGGUCCCAAUGUUGGUUGGGAGAAACCUUACGUUUAUGUACUUUUAAUCGUUGGAUUUAUAGCCAUGGGGUUAUUUUUCUAUGUAGAGAAGAGAGUUAAAUAUCCUUUAGUUCCUAAUGAAGUGUUGAAAGGAGAAACAGGAAUGGUUUUGGCUUGUAUAUUUGCUGGAUGGUCAAGUUUUGGUGUUUGGUUGGUUUAUUCCACGCGUUCAUUAUUAGAAUUGGAUCAGGUUGAAGUUUUCGUAGUUAAUGCUCGAUACAUCCCCACUUUAAUUAUGGGUCUUGUAGCCGCUGCCACUGCUGCCCUCACCAUUCAUAGACUUCCGGUAUCAAUCAUUAUGAUCAUGUCCAUGGUCGCGUUCUUCUUGGGUAACCUUUUAAAUGGUUUAAGACCUGUAGGUCAAAUUUAUUGGGCUCAAUUUUUUGUUUCCUCAAUCUUGACUCCUUUUGGUAUGGAUAUGAGUUUCCCAGCUGCCACCAUUGUGUUAUCACACAAUUUACCCCAACAUCAACAAGGGGUUGCUGCAUCUUUGGUAGCUACUUUUGUGAAUUACUCCAUCGCCAUCGGUUUAGGAUUCGCCGGUACUGUAGAAUAUUAUACAACAAAAGAUUUACCAUCAUCCAUGGCUACUACGGAAUUGGGAAUUAGAAAUGCUUUAAGAAUGGGGAUGGGUUUAGCUGGUUUAGGAAUUUUAAUAGCUAUAAUCUUUGCCAUCUACGAAUUCAUUAAGGACAGAAGGUCCCCUGAAAAAGAGAAGGUUUAA